CAGAGGAGAAAAAUGUAAUCUGCCUGACAAAUAAAUAACUAUGAGCACUGGAGAUGCAUUUGACAUUUCUUCGGAAGUGUCAAAUCGAGAAGAAUUAGUCGGUGACGAAGUGCCUUUGCUUGUCUUCCGUGUUAUUGGUUGUACAGUUGUCACAUUGUUGGUUGGUUUUACCAUAAUCAUUUAUGUUACCUCUGGGAUGUUUCAUAUCGACUGUCUGGCUCAAAUAUGCAGUGAAACAUGCGUCUUUUGUGCAUACAUGCUUAUAUUGCUUACAACUACAGAAUCCUUUCGUAUAAAUGAGGGCAUGUGCUUAGCUAUAGCUGUAUUUCUUCAUUUCUUUUUCGUGGGGGCUUCAUUCUUCCAGUUGUUGGAGGUUAUUUGCAUCUGCCAAGCUCGAGUUUCCUGGUUUCGAAGGCUGAUACCACAAAUUUCUACCAGAAAUCUCUUCAUAGCUGGCUGGGUUUUUCCUGGAAUUGUUACAGGAAUUUCUGCUAUCAUCUGGUUCAAUCAAUACACAACGAAAAGAAAUUGUUGGUUAAAUACUAAUCGAGCACCGUACUGGCCUUCAAUUAUUCCAAUUGUCGGGUGCACUGCUCUUCAGCUUUUUCUCAUUUUCAUCACUCUUUGUACAUCGGAUGUGCCAGUGUCCUUGUCAGAAAGCCAAUACAAAAGAGCAAAAUCUUACCGAACUACACGAUGGGCUUCAGCCAUUAUCACCUUUUUACUGAUCCUGUCAUGGUUCUUCGGGGUGACUGCGUACCAUACGAGGAAAGAAAACUUUUAUGGUGCCUUCACGGUGUCCAGUAUUCUUCUCGGAGUCUGCAUUUUCAUUCUAAGGAUAUCCACAGAUGACGAAAUGAGAGAGAAGAUAACAGCUAAUUUGUUGUGCUGUUUGGUACCCAACAACAAGGUAACUUCAGCCACUCACAAAACUGUGAUGCCACAGAAAGAUUACACCCAGACGAUUUUGGACACGAUGACAAAUGGGAAAUUGGUGGAGCGGCAAAAUCGAACAUUACAUAAAUAAUAAAUGAUCAACGAAAAGA